GUUUGCAUCACAUGAAUUAAAAGGCUUAUCAAUCGGCUUUUGAUAUGUAUCCAAUUCUCAAUUAACGGAAACAAAGGAAUUCCAAUGAUGUAACCCUUUUGAAACCUUCACGUUUACUUUCGAUUGCACUCCUCCUGCACUAUAAACGAAGACGGGCUUAUCAUUUGACAUCACACUAAGGUUUCUAUUUCUCCGGUGGGCGUGAGCAUCACUAGAAAAGGGAAAGCAAGGACUCUGGGCUUAGGAAUCAAGAUGAUACCCUAUGUGGCGUUGUGCAAAUAUUUUCCUGUCGUUAUAGCUGUGAUCAUAGUUUGCAGUGUCAAUGGAUACAUUGAGGAUCCUCUUUUUGAGUGCCUGCAAGAUUCAGACUAUGCCGAACUCCUUGAAAUUGUGGACAGAGGUCUUCCCUUCACAAAGACACCCCAUCAUAUUGCCAUCGUCGGUGGUGGUAUUGCUGGACUGACUGCAGCUAAGCUUCUGGAGGACGUAGGGCACAAGGUGACUUUAAUAGAGGCAAGUGAUCGAAUUGGAGGACGGGUGGAGACCUACAGAAAUAGAAGAGAGGGAUGGUAUGCAGAGCUGGGUGCUAUGAGGAUCCCUAGCUUUCACAAAAUUCUUUUAUCAUUUUCAUCAAAAAUGGGCCUUGGACUGAAUCCAUUUAUCCAGGAUGACAUCAACACAUAUUACCAUGUGAACGGGUUGCUGCAGAAAACAUACAGAGUUAAAGAGAACCCAGACGUGCUGAACUAUCCCUUGACUGACAAGGAAAGGGGUAUAUCGGCUGGUCAGCUCUUUGACUUGCCCCUGUGGAAGAUAAGGGAUGAUAUGAAGACAGCUGGCUGCGCGGCCAUGUUGAGAAAAUAUGACUCGUACUCAGUCAAGGAGUAUCUAGUGAAGGAGGGGAACCUGAGUCGUGGUGCCCUGCGCAUGAUUGGAGAUAUCCUGAAUGAGAACAGCCUCUUCUACACAUCACUUUCUGAGAUGCUGUAUAUUCAGUCGGAUAUCAAUGACAACACUGCCUAUUACGAGAUCACUGAUGGGUUUGACCAUUUACCAAGGGCAUUUUACCAGGCCCUCAACUGCACUAUCCUUCUCAACUCCAAGGUCCGACUCAUCAGUCAAACCAGCAGCAAUGUGACCGUAUCCUACCAGGACUUGCGUGAUCCAUCCUCUCUGACCAACCUCACAGUCGACUAUGCCCUGGUGACAGCUACAGCAAAGGCCAACCUCUUCAUGGACUUCCAACCCCCGCUGUCACCCCAGAAGAUGGAGGCCCUGCGGUCCGUGCACUACGCCAGCUCCACCCAGGUGGUCCUCAGCUUCAGCGAGAGAUUCUGGGAAAAGGAUGGUAUCAAACGGGGAAAAAGCAUCACGGCUCCCUCUCGUUUCAUCUACUACCCUAGCCACAGCUUCCCAGGCACGGCUGGGGGGGCUCUCCUUGCAUCCUACACCUGUUCCGAUGACUCCACUCUGUUCCAGGGGGUCAGCGAGUAUGAACUGAAGGCCUUGGUGAUGGAUGACCUGGUUAAGAUCCAUGGGGAGGCGAUACGACCUCUCUGCACUGGAGGAUUGGUGAAGAAGUGGGGGCUGGAUCCCUUCAGCCUGGGGGCUUUUGCCCUUUACACACCUUACCAGCAGACGGACUACGCCUCGGACCUGUUCAGGAAUGAGAGCAGGGUCCACUUUUCUGGGGAGCACACGGCACUACCUCAUGCUUGGAUUGAGACUGCCAUGAAAUCUGCACUAAGGGCAGCCAGGAACAUCAGUAACCUGGAAGGAUAGACAUCUGGGGCCUAGGCACAUCAAUUUUUAUUUUGAAUAGCUUGAGGUUGAAUGUUGACAAACUAAAUGACGAAAUCCAAUGGCCAAACCAAAAACGAUUUAUUUUGAUAAAACAUUUUAAGUAGUCUGAUGAUGCAUUCGGUAGUAUUCAUGUGUUCUGCUCUACUCAAUAUGAAUGGCACAACAUGAUGAGAGGAGUGUUGACGAAAUGUUCAGCAGAACUGAACAUGUUUGGCCUAUUUACAAGUCCUCUUCAGGACACAAUGUUCAUACAUUUUACCCUUUCGAACCUGUUAUUUUUGUGUGUACUGUUUUAAAAUGGCAACUUUGUUAAAUAGCCUACAGUAUUGUACAAAAUAACUGUGUCAAAUGAUGUUGUCACACAGAUGUUAUAGAGAUGUUAUGAGUAGCACUGUGUAGGUGUAGUUCUUGGGCCUAUUUUUAUUUAAUUUUUUAUUUAAUAAAGCUGUAUUGUAACCAAAUACAUUGAUUCUCUAGCAUGUCCAAUUUAGGCCCACCUGUUGAAUAAUUGUACUGAGGCAUAUCAUCAUUUUAGGCAAUGCUGUUAUGGGUUCGAUGCAUAAGGGAAAACAUAAUGCACAGUUCUCUUACAAAAUAAAAACAUUAUAGCCUAUUUCUCAUCGUCCAGCUCCCAUCAAUGGGCACCCUUCUGCACCAUCUGCGUGAACCGGUUGGUUAUAGACAAGGUAGUGUCAAUGAAGCGGUCAACACAGCUCACGAGGCAAGCCUCUGUCCGUGAAUCCAUUUUUGAACUCGGGCUCCCCUCCAUGCACUUGUCGAGACAGACAUCUGUGAAGUUAUGCACCUUCAAAAGAAGCAAUGAAUCAGCUAAGUCAACUUCCAUGUGGAGAUCUCAAAACAUAAAUAGAAGAUUCCGUAAUCAACUCGCAAUUCGGUUUGUCCAUUCUGAGAACACAUUUGAUUGUAUAAUAAAAAAUCAAAUGCAAGAUACACUUCAGAAUAGUUAAUGUACCUAGCUUUAGUUGGCUAGCUAACUUCGUAGCAUAACUUCUGAUGUAUGGAGCGAAGCUAUCUACCUGGGCCUGAAACUGCGCUUUCUGUUGUUCAAUUGCGAUCAUCCUUUGGAGCUCUGAAGCAUCAGCCUUUUCUGACGAAUUUAAAUCAAAGCCGUCCAUUACAGUACCUAGGAUUGGUUACAGUCGGGUUAAUUCAACCGGUAGAGCUGAUAAUGACCUUCUCUGUAGGCUUGUGCGUUUGCUGCUCAGUGGUUUGUUGUGGGUUUGCUCUAUUACGAAGAUAAUUGACUAAUACAUGAGUCAUGACUCUCCAAUAUUUUCAAAGUUCAGCCUCUAUUUUAUGUAAGGCCAACCCAUUUUUUCUAAAGCCACAAUAUCUAACUUUUUGGGCUACUUGAC